GAGGUAAGGAAGGAGUGCCUUUAUCAGAAUGACCUCGGAAUACUGAACCCGAUCUUCUCACGGCCUACUUCUCUCCCUUUUGACACAUAGCAUCGUCUUUUUUUGCGGUAUCAUUUGAACACAAUGUCGUCAAGUAUGUCAAAGAGUUCUUUGAGCUUCAUUGGGCGAUGCAGGCCCAGUCAAUCAACCGCGGUCUCAUCUCGAAAUUUCUCCACCACUACUUCAUGUAGCGCUAUUGGACCUGAAAAUCCUCGAUUUAUCGAAAUACCUACCACUCGACAGCCAGAUGCCCGGGGACAUAGAGAUAUUAAAGGAACUCUACCUCCUCCACGAAAUCUUUUCCCCAACCGCGGCCCCGACAAGAUCUCCAAAAAGUAUCUAGAUUCUGUGACUCGUGAGCCCUCGAAACCUCCCAAGAACCCGAACGAUUAUGUUGCAUGGAAGCAUCGGCUAGCAACUCAACGACGUGAGAGCUUGAAGGAAGCGUUGGUAAAUCUCCAUAAGAGGAAAUUGACCCAGGAGCGCAUAGUUGCACACAAGAGCUACUCGAAACGAAUGGCCAAUGAAAAGAGACUCCGGGCCCCCCAACGAGAGGACGAAAGACUGAUGAACCCCACGAUUACGGAAGCCAUGUCGAAACUGCAAGUAGGCUUUGUUCCAGAUCCAGACAGAGAGAGUGAACUGGCACAAAAGGCAUCAAGGGUACAAAUUAGGGCGGCUGAGAGAGAGGAGCAGAGAAAGAAUGCAUUGCAUACGCUGUACAUGAAGGCUAGGUCAUUCAUCACGACGGAGGAGCAAUUGAAUGCUAAGAUUGAUGAGAUCUUCACGAAUCCUUUCGAUAAGAAUGCACCCUACAAGAGGAAUAUCUGGGAGGUGCACGAGAAACCACCCACUGUCCAGGAUAUGCUUUCAGGCGUCAACAAUUCUCAUAAGACUGCGGUCGGAAAAUACUCGCAUCCUGCUGUAAUUACCGGAACCAGAAUGCAGCACAUCGCAGAAGAAUUGACGGGUGGGAAGAUGGACUAGUAGGCUUGCAUCAUGAGGGGUAUCUUGGAUGCUUCAAUAACGAUUGCUUGUACAGUACCUAGGUACCCAAAGAUAUGUUACAUCUCACGCCAAUUGUAUGCCAAUCCUUCACACAUUUCGAGUGCAAUCAUAGAUUGUUGCGUUGUUUUUGUGAUUUCAAUGCCCAUCAAUUUGUCGUUUAUUAUAGUGUGAGGCUCUCUUGCAUACUGCGAAGGGCUUGGCAAGGGUGUUUCAAAAGAGACGCAUUUAGAUACAAUCUAAUUGGCGACUUUCAGAUAUGUCACGGCAAUCUCAAUGUGCUUAUGAACGAGCAAUAAUUCGUCUAGUUCGAGAAGCAAGCCUCGAGAUUUAAGCGCUUAAAGUUUCAAAGUGUUCUCUAUAAGACAGCUUCAAUAUCAGAAAUUGAAUCGCCUUUCUACA